GAAGCUGUUAAUUGCACAGAAUCUAGAGAAAUGAACCAACACCACACUGGAAGUGGCGCCAUAGAAAAUCCUACCAAAUGUGAUGAUGCCAAAGGAGUAGUGCUAGAUUCUGUAGGGGAUCUUAUGAUAAGAAAUAUUCAGCUAAAUCAUGCUGGAAAAUAUACAUGCAUUGUGCAAACAUUGAUGGACGCUCUAUCAGCAUCACCAGAAAUAAUUGUAAGGGUAAGCAUUCCUGGCCCACCAAAAGAGGUUACUAUUGAAUACAUAUCUAAUACAACAGCAGUGCUAAAUUGGAAAUCCAGAGCAGAAAACAACAAUCCUGUCCACACAUACACAGUUCAGACAGUUGGAUGGCAAGCAGUUUCAACAGUUCCUGAAGUCAUUAAUGGAAAGACCCACACAGCCACGGUGGUUGAUCUAAAUUCCUGGGUGGAAUAUGAGUUUCAAUUUGUACCUGCUAAUCUUGUUGGAAUUGGGGAACCAAGUACACCAUCGGAGCUACUAAGAAUUAAAGCAUCUAUUCCCACAGUGGCACCCACAAAUGUGAGUGGAGGUGGAGGAAGCUGAUCUGAACUUAUCAUCACAUGGGAGUCCAUUCCUGAAGAACUACAAAAUGGGGACGGAUUUGGAUACCUUAUUAUGUUUCGGCCCCUUGGCUCCUUCAGCUGGACUAAAGCAAUGGUGACUUCAGUUGAGGCAUCGAAAUAUAUCUACAGAAAUGGAAGCAUUCCAUCAUUAUUUCCCUUUGAAGUAAAAGUGGGUGUCUUUAAUCAUGAAGGAAUAGGCACCCUGAGCCCAGUACUUCUUGUGUAUUCUGGAGAUGACGAGCCUCAGAUAACACCAACUGGCAUUUCAGUACAAAGCUCCUCAUCUUCUGAAAUGGAAGUCUCUUGGAACCCUCUUGCAUGGACCAGACAUACUGGAAGGAUUCUUGGCUAUGAGGUCUUAUAUUGGAUAGAUGAUUCCAAAGACUCAACAACUGGGAAAGUUAGAGUCAAUGGCAACAUAACAGCAAAAAACAUUACCAGUCUUAAGGCCAAUACCAUGUACUUUGCCACAGUGAGGACUUCCACCACAGCUGGAACUGGUCCAUCCAGUGUUCCGGUGAACGUAACUACAAAAAAAUUUUUGUAUAGGCAAAAUCGACAAAGCACCACUUAUAUUUUAAAGACAAACAUUACAUUCGCUGAACUGCUGGCACCUUUGGAAGAUGAUUACCUCAUUGAAAUAAAAACUGUAAGUGACAGAGGAGAUGGAAGCAGCAGUGAAGAAAUUCGAAUUCCAACCCUCUCAAGUUUAAGCUCCAAAGGGAUGCACAUCUGUCCUUCGGUUGGUGACAUAAUUGCAAAUAAAAUUAUAAUCCUGAUUUAUAUAUUCAAUUCUGUCGGAUAA